AUGGAAGAAGAGGGGGAAGAGAAGGUGGGGAAGGGAAUGGGAAGGAAAUCUGUUGCCGCUGCUUUAUGUCGUUCGUCACUGGAUCUUGCUGCUGCUUCUCGUCGUUCGGUCAUCGCCGCUGCUCCUCGACGUCGACGCCAGCAGAUUCGCAAGAGUGGACAUCGUGUGCCGCUUGUCGCUUGCUUCCACUUGGCAACCAUUCCUAUCACUGGAAUUAGGAUUAACCCAGCUAGGAGCCUUGGUGCAUGUCUUUUUUUUCUCAACAGAGACCAUGCAUGGAAUGAUCAAUGGAUUUUCUGGGUUGGGCCUUUUAUUGGAGCUGCUCUUGCUACCGUGUAUCACCAGAUAGUCAUCUGA